AUGUCUUCACCUCCACCGGCAAAAAGACAACAUAUUAUUCAGUCCGAAGACACAUUCUCACCAACUAGAAGUAGCUGCAAUAAUACUCUAAAUCAUAGUAAUAACGUACAGUUACUUCCGGUUAUGACGGUUAACGGUGAACCACCUGUUGACGAAAACUUGUACAGCCGUCAACUGUACGUUUUGGGCACUGAUGGCAUGCGAAAAUUGACCCACACAAAUAUCCUGAUCUCUGGUCUUUGUGGUUUGGGCCUGGAAGUCGCCAAGAACAUCGUACUGGGCGGUGUUAAGUCGGUUACACUACACGACCCUGACGUUAUAUCGUCGGCUGAUCUGUCAUCCAACUACUAUGCCACCCUACAGGAUGUUGGCAAAAACCGGUGUGAAGUUUGUAUGCCCAAACUGGCGGAAUUAAAUGGCUAUGUCUCGCUUAAUAUUUUGGAUUCGCCGGUCUUGUCGGAAGAAAAUCUAUCUAACUAUCAUGUCGUUGUACUAGCUAGAGGAUCUUCAGAUGAGUGGAGAAAAGUAGGAAAAAUUUGUCGGUCACUGUCAAUCAAACUAAUUUGUACAAAAACGUGCGGUCUUUUCGGCCAAGUUUUCUGUGACUUUGGUGCUGAUUUUACUCUGCUUGACCGUAAUGGUGAGCAGCCGAUCUCCGUUUUCAUCCAAUCUGUGGAAAAAAGCAAAACAGGCACCGUUUUGUGCCUUGAAGAAACUAGACAUGGUCUUGUCGACGGGGACUAUGUCACUUUUAGUGAAGUCAAAGGAAUGACAGAACUUAAUGGUUGCAAGCCACGGGAAGUGAAAAUUUUAGGUCCUGACGCUUUUGCAAUCGGUGAUACCUCGGGCUUCUCUGAUUACAUCAGUGGGGGUGUUUGUACUCAGGUCAAAAUGCCAGAACAAAUUCACUUUAAUGAGUUUUCAGAUGCGUUCCUUUCUCCUGAAUUUCUUAUUAGUGAUUUUGCUAAAAUGGAGUCUCCGGCACAGCUUCACAUUAUCUUCGAAGCUUUUUCAAAGUUUCAGUCACAAUAUGGGCGCAUCCCUGAGCCUUGGGAUGAAAAAGACGCCCAGUCAUUUGUGGAGUGCGUGAACGAAGUUAACAAAAGUGUUGAGGGGUCAGGUUGUCACGUGGAAAAGAUUGACGAAUCUCUGGCCAGAAUAUUUGCCUACAUCUGUGCUGGUAAUUGCUGCCCCAUCCAGUCUAUUAUCGGGGGUGUCGUGGCCCAGGAGGUCAUGAAGGCCUGUACUGGUCGCUUCCAGCCCAUUAAGCAGUGGUUCUACUUUGAUGCGAUUGAAUGCCUGUCGUUGCCAUGGUGCAAACGUGACCCCAGCACUGUACUCCCAAAGGACGACUUGAAACCCUCAAACCCUCGUUAUGAAGGUCAGUGUAAAAUUUUCGGGAACACUUUCCAGCAAAAGCUCGGCGAUUUGACCUACUUUAUCGUCGGCUCUGGUGCUAUUGGCUGUGAGCAUCUGAAGAACUUUGCAAUGAUGGGUAUUUCUAGCCGGAAUGGCCAACUCUUCAUCACCGACAUGGACAUAAUCGAGAAAUCAAACCUCAACAGGCAAUUCCUCUUCCGUCCUUGGGAUAUCGGCAAAUGCAAGUCUGUUGUCGCGGCCCUAGCUGCAAAAGCCAUAAACCCUGAUCUUAAUGUUGUGCCCCAUGAAAACAGAGUCGGUGUGGAGACGGAAGCCUUCUAUGAUGAUAACUUCUUUGAGUCACUGGACGGUGUCGCGAACGCCCUUGACAACAUAGAGGCUCGAACUUACAUCGAUCGUCGGUGUGUGUACUACAGGAAGCCGCUGUUGGAGUCUGGAACGUUAGGUACAAAGGGAAAUGUGCAAGUUGUUAUCCCUCACCUGACUGAAUCCUACUCUUCGUCUCAGGACCCUCCGGAAAAAUCGAUCCCAAUGUGCACGCUAAAGAACUUCCCCUACCAGAUCGAACACACACUCCAGUGGGCCCGCGACUUGUUUGAGGGGCUGUUCGUUCAGCAAUCCCAGGCCAUUGAGUCGUACAUCAAGUCCCCGAGCGAAUUUUUGUCCAAGGCGGCAUCUGGCGUAGGCAAUCAGCCUACUGAAAUCGUGGACAACCUUAAAAAGAACAUUCUUGAUGAACGUCCUAAAAACUUCGAUGAUUGUAUUGUGUGGGCCCGUAAACUCUGGCAGGAGCUGUACUCCAACUCGAUUCGUCAGCUGCUCUUCAACUUCCCGCCUGACCACAAAACAACCACGGGCGCCCCCUUCUGGUCUGGAACCAAACGCUGCCCACACCCACUCGAGUUUGACGUCAACGAUCCGAUGCAUCUUGAAUUUCUGCUCGCCGCGGCGAAUCUACGCGCCUUCAUGUUCAACAUUCCGGGUUCACGAGACCUCUCGCUGGUCGCUGCCAAGGCCAAGACAAUUCGGUUGCCCGAGUUCGUGCCGCGCAGCGGUGUCACUAUCGAGGUCACCGACUCGGAGAUGCAGGCACGCGCGAGCGCUCGUGCUGGCGCGACUGGCACGCACGAUUCGGCCUUCGACGAAUUAAAGAAGUCACUGCCGAAACCCGCCGAUCUAAAAGAUCUGAGGGUGAACGUGGUGGAAUUUGAAAAGGACGACGACACCAAUUUCCACAUGGACUUCAUCACGGCAGCGAGCAAUCUGCGCGCCGCGAAUUACCGCAUCGCACCGGCCGAUCGAUUGAAGAGUAAACUGAUUGCCGGCAAGAUCAUGCCUGCGAUCGCCACCACCACCAGCAUCGUCUCCGGCCUAGUUAGUCUCGAACUCUACAAGCUCGCUCAGGGUCACAAGGACCUGGAGCUCUACAAGAACACCUUCAUAAACCUCGCACUUCCGUUCUUCGGCGCGUCUGAGCCCCUCCAGCCGGAGAAGUGGAAGUACUACGACAACUCGUUCACCAUUUGGGACCGUUUCGAGGUGGAUGGCGGUAUGACGCUGCAGGAAUUCUUGGAUUACUUCAAGAACCAACACAAGCUCGAAAUCACCAUGCUCUCGCAGGACGUCUCCAUGCUCUACUCCUUCUUCAUGCCCCAGAACAAGCGCAACGAACGCCUCAAGAUGCUAAUGCCGAAAUUGGUGGAGACGGUGAGCAAAAAACCGAUCGAACCGCACGUGCGCGCUCUCGUCUUCGAACUCUGCGCCACGGAUAUCAACGGUGAGGACGUUGAGGUGCCGUACGUUCGCUAUCUUCUGAAUCAACAGCCAUCGGGCAACUAG